AAGAAGCUGGAGGGGAGUGGUGGGAGAAGGAAGGAGAAAAAAGGAGAUGGGAGAGGAGGGAAGGGAGCAAACAGCCCCUCCACACCAAUAGCCCGGCAGGGAAUGUGAGUAAUACCCGGCUGGUUCAGAGGGAGUGAGAUCAAAAGCUAGUAGAUACAAGAGGUUUGUGCCUCACCGACCAGACAGCCAGAGGCUCAAUGAGACCUUUGUUAAUCCAGGCCCAAGUCAGGAUUGAAGGAAUACCUGACUCCCGCCCGCCCCCUCCAGCCUGGUAGGGGGAGAGGUAGGUCACCAGAGAGUCAAGGCAAGUUGGGCACAGCUAGGCCUAGCCAAGAGUGGGUGGAGGAGGGAGGCGGCCUGGGCUUGGAGUGAGCUGGAGUGAGCGGCUGCCAGGGAGGCAGGAAGUAGCUCUUGUAGAAUUAUAAAGGGAACCGCAGGGGAAGGGGGUUUCACCUGGUAAAUCUGCCAUCCUAGGCCCCUGGCCUCUGUUCCUUGGAGGGGAUCGGACAUUGUCCUGGAGCCCACGGCUUUCUGUUGGGAUUCUGGGGUCAGUGAGAAGGACAGAGGCCACGGAAGUAAGGACUGGUGAGCCAAGAGUUCAAGUGUGGAACUGCUGGGGGAUGCCCUCCUGUUUGACAUUCAGGUAGGAUGAGUCUGGGGUGUGUGUGUGUGUGUGUGUGUGUGUGUGUGUGUGUGUGUGUGUGUGUGUGUGUUCUGUACUGUUGGUGUCCACUGGGAGUUCAGUUAAGAGGUUUGCCUCACCAUGCUCCUGCAGACAGCCCCUGGCACCCCUGGCACAGGUUGGGGCUAGGACUGAAGUAGAGUUACCUUCUUGAAAGAGAAAUGUUCUGAUCUGGGCCCUCCCACUGGAGGUUCGUGGGAGAGAGAGAGAGAGAGAGAGAGAGAGAGAGAGAGAGAGAGAGAAAGAGAGAGAGAGAGAGAGGGGUCCAGACUGAGUCUGGAGGUCCGAGUCCACCCCACCCCCCAGGGCUCUCCUGGUUUUAGAUGAAGAGGUGCCUUUGGGGCCAUACUCUAAACAUGGCACAUGCUGACCGCUGGUCCACAGUGGGAGAGGGGAGAGGAAAUUCACCUGUAUUUAGAACAUACUUUUCUUAGGGUCCUGAGACCUUGGUGAGUUCUCUCCCCCAGCUCACCAGAUGGAUUGCUCAAAGCUGGCUGCCUUCAGCAGGUGGGGAUUUCAGCCCAGGCAGACCCAUUCUCAAACAACUAAGUCUGUAGCAGCGUUUCCCAACCUGUGGGUCACAACCCACUCAGGGGUGGCAUGUCAUACCAGUAGCAAAACUACAGUUAUGAAGUAGCAGUGAAAAAUAAUUUUAUGGUGGGGGUUCACCACAAUAUGAGGAACUGUAUUAAGGGGGUCACAGCUUUAGGACGUUUGAGAACCACUGGUUUAGAAAAUGGUGUAACUCCCUGCACCAAUUUUGGACGCUUGAGACACCCAAAACUCAGGGGAAGGGGAGCUCAAUACUUGUUCCUCCUCUAAGCAAAGCACACUGCUGUAAGGAAAGGGUUAAUUCUGCCCCCCCCCCAAAAGAGGAGCCCACUAUGGGGCCUGGGUGUCUUGAAAAGAUUGCCCUCAUUUGCUAGAGGAGAGGGUAGUUAGGGACCUGGGAGGGGGCUGGAUGCUAAUUAGAGGGAUCUGAGGAGGUCCUUUAUGGCCAGAAAGCCGUACCUCCCCAUACCCACCACGAGGGCCAUUGUGUGGGGCCUUUGAAGGGCUAGACUGGAAACUCAUUACUGACAUAGCUUUAGUAUUCUUGGGGCCCACCAGGUGGUGGGGAAUGGUGAGGGAAUGCUAUCUGCGAGGGGAGGCUUGGGCUCCCAGAGAAGCCAGGUGGGGAGGAGGGAGGUGUGAGAUUCCUCAGUUUCCUGCUCUUUGAGAUUCCUGCCACUGGACCCCUCCGCUCUGCUGUGGCCUAUGGCUUUUCAUUCCUAUGUGAUUGCUGUUCCGAACUCAUGUAGGGCUAAAAGCCAUGGGCUACAGUGAGGGGCAAGCUCCUGCACAACUACACUUCCCUAAGGACCAGCCACAGAGGGCGCCAGAGGGAGGGGCCGGCGUCGCUAGUCACUCCAGGUUUGGGGCUAGGCCGUGUGAUCUUGCCCACGUCACUUCUCUCUGCAUCUGGUCCCUUCACUGUGAAGGAUUAGGUUGGUGAGCCUACUGGGUGAGAUGCAAGGUCAUACUUAGGGGUUGUUUUCCUCUUCCCAAGUUUUUGAGGUCUGGCCUAGUGGAGAUGUGCAGCAGAUAUCAUCAUCAAUGUCUUCACCUCUCCUCUGUCCAGCCAUAAUCCGCUUCCUGGUCUUGGUUUUUCUCCUCCCUCUCUGUGGUUCCAUAUCCAGAGCUGCUCUUGUCCAGACACUUAGGACUCUUUUGAAGCUGAGAUGGGUGUCAGGCUAGCUACACUGGUGGUGGUAGUAGCAUCGGUUUGUUCCAGAAUAGAAACUGGGAAGACCAUACCUCCCCAGGGUACCACGCUGGAGCCCAGAGUUUCCAGCUUCUAGCUCUUACCCUGCCCCUCUGCUCUGUUAUGGGCUCCGGGAGGGCAUUGCCUUUUUUGCUCUCUCCUGCUGGGAUCUCAGCCUUCCCUGCUUCUUCCACCAACCCGGUUCUGUUCCCACUCCGUGAAAAUGGCCUGACUCCAUCCCUGCCACCCUGGGAAACUACACAGAUGGAAACAAAAACACGCAGUCUGGCUUGGAAUGGCAAGGGAAUCACCCCACCUCCUACACUGGGCUCCCCAUUCCAGUCCCAGCUUGUCUAACAUAGGCCACACCCUGCUGCGUACUUCAGAAUCAGAAGGCAGGUUACUUCCUUGUCUUAUUUAGAUAGAGCUUUCCUGUCCUCAGUUAGCAUUUACCAAGUGUCUACCGCACACCACCGUUCUAGCCUACUUACCUAUGUUACCCUGUUCGGUCUCCGAGACAGCCCUAUUUAAUAUUAGUCCAUUUUAUUUAUGGGGCAUCUGAAGCACAAGGGAGCUAGAAAACUGUGCGCAUGGCUAGUAAGGUGCUGAGCUGGGAAUGGAAGCCAGAGUCUCAGUGCCCGAACUCCCCCGUGAUCUUACCCCAUACUGGGGCACGUGGGAAUCAAAGCAGUGUGUUGGAAAUGCCCUGGGUCUGGGUGGUGCGGUGCACUGGAGCGCUUCUUCUCCGGAGGCCCGGAGGGGAUGUGUGGCCUUGAAUUUUACCCAGUUCCAUCACUGGUUAGAUAUGACUGGUUUUUCUUUAUCUAGGGUGGGGAGAGGGGGCAAAUCAGAGCAGAAGGAAAGCAAACGCCGGUACCAGCUGGAGUUUUGCUGUGGCUCAAUAAGGCGACUUGCCCACUUGGCUAGGUUUCCAUACAGGAAAGAGUCAGAGAUGCCUAGCCCCUGACCCAGCCCCGCUCUGGAGGCUCUUGAGUGGGCCGCGGGUUUUUCUGUUGUUGUUUUUGUUUGGCUCCAGGAACCUCUUGUUUUGCUUCUCCCAGCUGCCAGUUUUCUUAAUUGGAAAGUUAGAGCAGAAGAGUCACCUCCCCUGCCCUCUGCCUCUGGGUCUGUCUCAGGAAUCCUGUUUCACGGUUUGUUUAGAAAAGCCCCGGCAUCCGGGUCUGGGGACAAGUGGACCCGGAGCGGCUUCAAAGAAAGAUUCUACCUCGUGUUGAAGCUCUAGCAAGGUACUUAGUAGGACUGCACAAUAAAUCUUAAGGGAAAGAAAUCGUGAGCUGGGGAAAAGAGGUAAGAGAUAGGCCCCCUCUAGCCUGGGGCUGGGGGGCAGGCCCUAUUCUGGGAUUACAGCCUCCGGCCUCUCUUACAGUCUUUGUGCCUUGCCAUGGUGGGUGGGGCUGGCUUGUCCGCAAUGGCGCAUCUCCCAUAAUCUUUGAGAUCCUCCGAAUAGGCAAGCUGGCCUCGUGCCCUCUUUCCCUGAGGAUUCACAGAGCAGCCCUGCGUCUGUCCUGUCCCUGCCUGCAGACAGCCGAAACCAAAAAUAUCAUAACUGAGCAGUCUAGUCUCCUACAGUAUCAGCUCGACCCAACAUGAGGCUUCCCUAGGGAGAGGGUCCGUGUUUAACUGCACUGAGAACCGGGCGAAUUUCUUUGGUCCGUUUCUAGUGGAAAUGGAAUUUGCUUGCUAAGCUUCACUUCUAGAUGCAAAGAAGAUUGGAAAGAUUUCUGGCUGGUUCCCUCUGUUUAGGGGACAACACCUUCUACAUCAGGUUCCUGGCUCCUCCUCUCCUGCCAGGAGUCAGUGCGGCCGAGCUAAUCCCCAAAUCCGGUCUCCUAAGCUGCAGCUGCCUCCCUUUGCAGGGAUGAAUGGCUCGGGGAGGGAAGACAUCUUGUGAGCCUUAUUCCCCUGCCCAGCCCAGGGCAUGCCCCAGUUCACUUUCGCCUGUUUCUGUGGUCUUCACGGCUUCUGCAAGAUGAAGAGGAAGAAGGAAGAAGUUCACAGAGAGAGGGAGACAGCGGUGUGACCAGGGCCCCCUUGUCAGCUCCCAGUGGCUCUGAGCUGUGGCACUCAGAGCCUGUGUCUUCUAUCUUUAUUUAACUGGUACCUGACCAACCUGAGAGACAUCAGUCUCUUGACUCUUCUUAUACCCAGCCCCGUUAGCUACCAAUCAUCUGUGCUCCUGAAGAGGCCUCAGCCACACAAGGGGAUUCCCAGGACCUGCCACUUGCCUUCUGGAGACUGGACGGCCUCGCUGGGAUCAAGGAACGAGGCUUUGGGGCUCUUCUCAGGGUGACCCUCCCAAGAAGCUUACAUGACCUUGGGAGGGCAAAGUGCUUGCUAAACAGCUAAGUAGCUGUUCUUGCAAACCUUGGAGGGUUUGAUGUAUGGGACGCCACCUCCAUGCACAAGAUGGGGUCUGUGCUGGAGCCCCAGGGUCUCAGCCCCUUCCUUGCAUCCUUGUGGGCCAGGACUGAGAUGGAGGACAGAAUUAGACAUUCGAGGGGUCAGGCAGCGGAAGGCUCUUCUGUGUGUCUGGCCCUGACCUACCAGUUGCGUGAAGCCCUCACCUUGACAGCACACAGAUGUGGCAAGACCUUUCCUCAGGGACUGUCCCUAGAACUAGGCCACACCACUGCCCCCAUUUUGUUUACUUACCCCCUGCCUCUUUCUCUCCUGUCCUUGGGAAACUGGAGAGGGUAUUAUGCUGGCAUGGGGACACCUUCCAAGGAUAGGGAACUCAAGGAAUGUCCUUGACUACCCCCCCCACCCCCCGUCCUCCCAGUCCACUGUCAACUCCCUGCUUCAGGAGCUUGCGUCCAUUUCUAGGCGUUCAGAGGCAAAAGCAUUUCCUUUCUCCUCCUUCCUUCCCCUCUCCUCCCCUGCUCAUUGUGCUUGGAUCUCUCAGGUGCUAGAGGAAGAGCUGGGAAUUAAGAAUGAACUCUUAGCAGCAGAGACCAGCUUCUGGUCUGCUAGCUUGCCGCCCUCCUCACUGGGACGAGCAGUUCUGCACACAUAGGAGUCACAUCUCCACCACCAUCAAGGACAGGACAGAUAAAGGCCUGGUAGGAAGGAGGGUCAGGGUCAAAGGUGGAGGAAGGUCUGAACUCAGAAGGGACACUGAGCAAACAGGGAAGGGUGCUACUCCUGGUCAGCGUGUUUCUUGGUCUUUCUGCAGAUUUACUGGGAUCGAGGUUGUCUCGGUGGAGCCUGAGCAGGGACCGAGAGCUUUACUCUUCUCCACUGGCUUUUCGCCUCUGCUUUCCCACCUGAACCACCUACUGUCUGUUAUUUGCUUUUAUAUUCAAAGAUUCAUAAACAAAUCCUUCCCUCAGGGAAAUAACAAGCUUCUGCAGCAAAGGCCAGUGGAGGUCACAGAGAACAAAGCCAACUUUCCAGUUUCUUUGUCCUCUGAGAUGGCGGAGGCCUUGGGGGAGGCAGAAAUGACAGAAAAGCUUUGGGGGCUACUUUGCUACAGAAGCCACAGAUCCUCUCCCCGCCCCCUCUCUAGCGUUGCUAGCUGCAGCCUGCCUUCAAGGCUGCAAUCAGAGAAGUCUCUCUGGAACUGGAGGAGGAAAUCAUAUCCCGUCACUAAGAAGGGUCGGGUGUUAUGUCCCAACCACAUAGGCUCACCCAGAGGACAGGUCAGAUAACAGAGAACUAAGGUCUGGGAGGGGCAGCACACUUGUGCUCACUUCCCAGCAGCCCCUGGGGUUGGCAGAGAGCUGCUCCCCCCAUCCCCCCAACAGGCGUGCCCUUGGUAUAGUAGAGACACUGGAUAUCUUGAGACCUUGCUGUAGGAACAUGGGUGGUUCAAGGUUUUGUUGAGUGUAGGCCCCACCACUGUUUGCGGGCCCGGUGUCCUUGCUCCUCCCUUCAUCCAGGGUAAGGUGUGUCGCCACGCUGCAGUAGACGUGGCCUGAGUAGGAGGGAGUAGUAGCAGCUUGCAAACACACACUCAUCAUUUUGACUGUUUUCUCCGGGAGAUGGGGAUUGUGUUCUCAGCAUCUAGGAAGCAGCUGGAAAUCCAUUUCCAGUUCUGUGUCUGGCUGGGUUCAGUAGAUUUUGUAUUAUCUGUUUAAAGUUCCCUCCACUCUGCCUGAGGGAAGCCCAGCCCGUGGGUCUUUUUCGACCCGACUUCGGUGGCCCUGUACCCAUAGGGUGAGGCAGGUGUACAUACCUUCCAUUCUUACACCUUGACGCUCUUGCUCUUUAGGGGGUGGAGCUCCGUGUUCUCACUUUUUUUUUUGGUUCAUUUUUUUUUUUUCGGAGCUGGGGACCGAACCCAGGGCCUUGCGCUUCCUAGGUAAGCGCUCUACCACUGAGCUAAAUCCCCAGCCCCUCCGAGUUCUCACUUAAACAGGGUUCAACUCUUGGGCUGCGGAACUAGUCAAUGGGAGUGGUGAAUAGAUGGCACUUGGGGUCAUUGGGACUUGAGUGUCUUCUCAGACCAUGGCCCAGUAUGCCCAAGGGCUUCUUGUCUCGGGUUGACGAUAGUUAAGUAGAAUGUCGUUUCCUGUUUCUACUAAAGGAGGCAGGCACUUUGAAUGUAUGGAUCCACAGAAAUCAAUAGAGAAAUUGUUAAUUUUUUUUAGAAGAGAAUAAAAAGCAAUAAUUUAACUGAAAUGGACAUAUGAGAUGUAAGGAUGCCCAAGCCAAGAGCAGGUCUCCCGGGUUCUGGCUCUGCUUGAGUGCCAAUGAUCCUGUGACCUUGGAUGAGUCAGGCCUUAUUUCUGGGACUGGCUUCUUCAACUAUAAAGGGAUGGCACCGAUGUCCUCUGAAGCCAGGUCUUUGUGGGAUGUCAGGUGUCCUGUGCCCCAGAGGACAGCAUAAAGUAACAAGCAGACCUGGAAGUGGUGCAUUGUUCGAGGAAAGCCUAGAUCAGAGCUUCCUCUACAACGUUCCUCCAGGGAGGGCUGGGACACCCUUCCUCCCUCCUAGAUAGACUAAAGGGAGUAGUCUGUGGCCGGUACUGACUCCAGGCCCUGUCUAGGCCAUGACAGCUGCCAUCUUUGGACUGUCCUAUGGCCCAGUUGCUGAAGAGAGUCAGAGGGCCUGACUCCCGCUUGGGUUCACUGUACAGCAGCCCAUAGACCAUCUCUUAAGGUGAUGGAACCAUCCUCCCCCACCCCUUCCAGUGUGAUUUAUACAGCAGUGAGUGGAUGGGAGGUGGUGUUGUGUGGGAUGGGACAACUUUCUUCUUCCCCUGGUGGUCCCCUUGCACUGACUCCUGAGUGACCGAAGAAACUGCUUCCACUAAAGAAUGAGUGCCGCACCUGCCCUCCCUACCCCACAUGAAGGGCACCUCACCAUGGAUGUAGCCAGGCAUGGCUGAAACUUAGAGAUGGACCCUUGGUUCCUAACCUCCGAGACAGGCCUUCACCUGGAAAGGGAGUCUGGACUGCUGCUCCAGGAAGUCUGCCAUUCACCCUGAAGGUUGCUGCUGUGUCUGGCAAGUGAUUGGGCUGAGUCACCUCAAGAACCAGUCUCUUCUAGAAAGGAACCUGCUGUAUCUUCAGUACACAAAGAAGACCACCAGUCAUAGCCACCACUUCUGUCACCUGGUCCUAAUGCAAGUUUUCAACUUCCAAUGUGUUGCUAACCAGUCUAACACCAGAAUGCCUGGCUUGUCAGAGCAAACCCACUGGUUCCCUAGACCAGCUAGAGUCAGUCGGUACCCACCAUGCAUGCUAGGGUUACUGCACAGGCCCCUUCCCUAGAUUCUUGUGAGAAACCAUUGGAUCCUCAGAGGAGGAACAAACAGAAAGGGAAGGCAGGAGAGUAGGCUAUCCACAAGUAGAAUGAGCCGGGGGCUGCCCAAAGCAGCUUUACACCAAAGAAAACAGUUCAGAAGCCAGGGAUCCUGUAACUUGAGCAGUCGGUCCUGGCAGAAGGAGCCAGGGUUUGAAAUCCAAGGGGUUUCCUAGUGGGCUUCUGGUCAGUUUCCUUCCCUGCUGGAGCAGCCUUCUCCCUUAGUUCAUUCCUGUAUUCUCUCUGAGGGGCGGGAGGAAUACCAGCAGGGGAGAUGGCAGGACCUAGACACAUCCUCAGGACUCUCCCAGCCUCCCUUGCCAUGGCAACGCUGCUAUUUUUAUCCUGUUGUUCAUGAUGCUCAAAGCUCUGACUUUCUCUGUUCCAGAGAGCCCAGCUGCCUUCUGCCCCCAUCCCUCAGCAUAGCACCUUCUCAAGGAGGCGAAGGGAUAACGAAGAAAGGGGGGGGGGCACAUUUAAGUUGUCCCUUAACCAGAGGGACCUAUUUGGUUUGCUGGCUUAAAUAACCAGUUUUGUGUUUUCUGAGAGGUUCGGCCUGUGAUCGAGUAGGAUGGGCCACUGCUCAGGAUGGCUCCCCAGUGAGCCCUGACAUGCACUGCUGCCUCUCUUGGGAACAUUCUGAGGAAUGUCCUGUUGGCAUAAGCAAUACGUGAAGAAUUCUGCCUGGCUAAUUAGCUGUCAGGUAACUUGAAUGCUGCUGUGGAAUCUAGGCUUCCAUCCCUCUACCAAGGAGCCAGGACAAAGGCACUUGCAUCUCUGUCCAAUCAUUCUACCCAAAGCAAGGCAGCCUCUCUUCCCCAGGCUAGAAAGCAGACUCCCUCCAAUUUAGCUACAUCCCCUUGAGAUCCCCACUCCAUACCGCUGCAAGGGGCUGGGAUGAAGCCCAAGGCCUCAGAACCACUAGAGGCAAAUGCUCUCCCACCGAGCUGCAUCUCUAGCCUGGAGCACAAUGUGUUCUUGAAGGCUGCAUUUAGCGAAAGGCAUUCUUAGCUGUUCCUUCUGCCGCCCUUUCCUGGCCCAGCCUUUGUUUUCCUGUGCCCCAAAUUCCACUACAGUGGCAGGGAAUCCCUGAGAAUCAUUGGUGCUAAUGGUCUCCAUCUAUACUCUCCUAUGUUGAUCAGGAGGGUGUGAACUCAGCAUGUGGGGUGGCUGGGUUAUGGGGUGCAUUCUAUGUAUAUCCCAAACACCUCGAUCCUGGAAAUGGGUCUGGAUCUUAACCCAGCCAAUCUACAUCUUGUUAACCUUUGCUUCGGCUGAGUUGGCUCCUGAAUGGUUCGUUUUCCUAGGGUGACUGAGACCCAUUUACUAAGCCUCGUUGGUUUUAUUUUGGCUCUAGCUAAAGUUUCCGAAAUCUAUGCAUCUGGAGUAAGCACUUUUCUGGUUGCCACUGAAAAGCAUGCUGGCAGAUUCUGCUCUGAUAAUUGCUGUAAUAAACACACUUUAUUACGUC